AUGACCUCAAGCAUUCUGCUGAAAUCCACGGCGCCCGCCCGCGCCUUGGCGCAUAACCAUGCAGCGGCUGCUCGCAAGAUUGCUAGCCCCUUGACGAAAUGCGCCAGAAUUCACACUGCACCGUCGCGAGCGACGUCGCCAUCAGCCAAGUCGUCUAGUGUCAAAAUCAACAAGACGCCUUCAUUGUCGCGCAACUUCCACACGACUAACAAACUUUCCUCUAAAGAUCCAUACAAGGCUCUCGGCGUCGACAAGAGCGCAUCUGCUUCAGAAAUUAAAAAGGCAUACUACGGGCUCGCAAAGAAGUUUCACCCCGACACAAAUAAAGACGCUUCCGCCAAGGACCGGUUCGCCGAUAUCCAAUCCGCCUACGAAAUCCUGUCCGAUCCAAAGAAGAAGGAGCAAUACGACCAGUUCGGCGCCGCCGGUUUCGACCCCAAUGGCAACCCUGCAGGUGGUGAUCCCUUCGGCGGAGCGGGCAAUCCUUUCCAUGGUUUUGGCGGGGGUGGCCAAGGCGGCUUCGGUGGCGGCUUCAACUUUGAUGACAUAUUCUCCGCCUUUACGGGCGGCCAGGGGGGCCCGUUUGGCAGCGGACGGCGCGGGGGUCGUGCGAACCCUUUUCAACAAGAGAUCCUUGUCGGCGAAAAUAUCGAGGUCCAGGCCAGCAUCACAUUCAUGGAGGCUGCCAAGGGCACAAGCAAAACCAUCUCCAUCACACCAACCGUUGAAUGUGGCACCUGCACGGGGAGCGGCCUGAAGACCGGAUCGCAGCGCGCGCCCUGUAAGGCUUGUAACGGAACAGGAACUCGCCUCCAUUUUAUGCAGGGCGGUUUCCAGAUGGCUUCCACUUGCGGUACCUGCGAAGGCUCCGGAUCGACAAUUCCCAAGGGCUCCGAAUGCAAGACCUGCUCCGGCCACGGUGUAGUCCGCGAGCGCAAGACCAUCACCGUUGAUAUCCCAGCCGGUAUCGAGGACGGAAUGCGACUGCGAGUGGACGGCGCCGGCGACGCGCCAGCAACCGGCCGCUCCGCCGACCCCAACGCCCGUAGCCAGCGCGGCGACCUCUACGUCUUCGUCCGCGUGGCCAAAGACCCCAAGUUCACGCGAGAAGGCUCCAACAUUCUUCACACUGCCAGCAUUCCCCUGACGACGGCGCUCCUUGGUGGCCAGGUUUCCAUCCCCACUCUGGACGGCUCCGUCAACGUCAAGGUCGCGACCGGCACCAACACGGGUGACAAGAUUACGCUCUCCGGCAUGGGAAUGAAGCGCCUCGGCUCCCGACGCGGUGGCUCCGGCGACCUUCGCGUUGAGUUCAGGGUCAACAUGCCCAAGUACCUCAGUGCCAACCAGCGCACUAUUGUAGAGAUGCUCGCCGAUGAAAUGGACGACAAGACGGCGCGACGAGUCAUGAAUGUUUCGCCUUCCAGAAACGCUUCACCUAGUGGCGACGCCGCCUCCCACGAAAACGAGGGCUUCUUAAAGUCAGUCUGGCACAAGAUGACAAACCACCCAGCACACGAAAAGAAGCCUGACGGCGACGGCACUUCCUCCGCGGGCGAUAAGUCACCGACGAAAAAGAGCGACGGCGAGGAGACCAAGAAGCCAGACUCCGCCUAA